AUGACAAAAGACGGCGCGCAUUUGUCGCCAGUAGCAUCGCCAAACGCAGUGUCUAGUCGCCACGACGCGUCCACCCGGAGCCAUGAUGCUUUUGAUCACGAUGUCGAGGCAGCGGCCGGUACUGCGAGCGAGGACCACACCGGCACAGAGCUGUCCGCUUUAGACGGCACAAGCUCAGGAUCUACGCAGCGCCGGACCGACUCGUCGUGCAACGCGCACAAGAACUCGCCUCCGCUGGGGCUCUACCACCGCUCGCUGCGCGUGACGUGGCAGUGGUUCUCGGUCAACAUGUCGACGGGCGCCAUGGCGUCGCUCCUCGGGCAGAUCCCGUUUGGCUUCCGCGGCCUGCGCACCAUUGGCGAGAUCUUCUACGUCGUCAACCUCGUCACCUUUUGCGCCUUCCUGGCGCUCAUGGGCGCGCGCUUCGCCCGCAAGCCGCGCGCGCUGCCGACGAGCCUGCACCACCCGAGCGAGAGCUUCUUCUUCGGCGGCUUCUGGGUCGCCGUCGCGCUGCUGCUCAACGGCGCGCAGACGUACGGCGUGCCGCGCUGCGGGCCGUGGCUCGUCGCCGCCGUGCGCGUCCUCUUCUGGCUGUACUACGCGUGCGCGACGUGCGUCGCCGUCGCGCAGUACCACAUCAUCUUCCACGCCGAGACGCUGACGCUGGCCGACGCCAUGCCCGCGUGGGUGCUGCCGACGUACCCGUUCCUGGUGACGGGCGUCGUGGCCGCCAACGUCGCCAAGACGCAGACGGGCACGAGCGCGGUGCAGAUCAUCGUGGGCGGGCUGGCGGCGCAGGGGCUCGGCUGGACGAUUGCGCUCUUCAUCUACACAGUCUACCUGACGCGGCUGAUCAGCAGCAAGAUGCCGCCGCCGUCGAUGCGGCCGGGGCUCUACAUCUCCGUCGGCCCGGCGGCGUACACGUGCGCGGGGAUCCUGCUGCUCGGCCAGCAGGCGAGGAAGCACAUCCCCGACGACUACCUGGGCAUCACGGCCUUUCCGGUCGGGGAGCUGUGGUACGCCGUGUCGGUGCCCGUGGGCAUCUUCCUUUGGCUGCUGUGCAUGUGGUUCUCGUCGGUCGCGACGCUGUCCAUCAUCCGCGACGCGCGGCGGAUGCACUUUUCGCUCUCGUGGUGGGCGUUUGUGUUUCCCAACGCGGGCAUGGCCAUUGCCACGAUCCAGGUCGGCACGGUCCUGGAGAGCAAGCCGGUGCAGAUUGCGGCGUGCGUCGUCUCCGUCAUGCUGGUGCCGCUGUGGCUCAUGUGCGCCGUGCUGCACAUCCGCGCCGUCUACCGCCGCGAUCUCCUGGCCCCCGGGAAGGACGUGGGCGUGGACGACGUGAAUCAGGCGCACGACGUCAAGCAGCGAAAGGCAGAUGCGAGGCGACAGCUGCGGCGCGAGACGAGGAGGAGCAACAGCGCGCGGAUGUCGUUUGGCAGCGGCAACAGCGGCGGUAAUAGGUUAAAGAUGCAGCAGAAUGGCCUUCGGUCAGUGGCUCCAGCGCGUGUGGAUGAGGAAGUCACAAAUGAAAAGGAAGAUUAA